CGUAUUAUCCACCGUCAAUAAAGCCAAGAUGACUUGGAAAUAUUAGUCGUCUCCAACCAAUUACGCACGAUCUUACACAGUCAUCACUUUCUUGAAAGAUAUACCACAGAUUCUUCCCACAAUUUUAUUUAAUCCAAUUUCCCUUUACCUUUAAUUUUCAUCACCAAAACAAAAUAUCCCAUAUGGGUUGAAAGAAUUUUCAUUACAUCAAUCAAUCUUUUCCUCAAUUCUCGUCUACCAAUUAGUCCUUCUGAUUGAUUUAAGAAAGACCCAGAUUUUAGUUUCAUAGAUCUUUCUUCAUUUUGAUUUGAUUUUUUAUAUAUUAAAUCUAAAAAUUAAAGAAAACCCUGAAAUCUUUUUGUAUUUAAUUGCAUAAAAAUGUCGGAAAAGAAAGAAGGGUCACCAUCGGCACCUGUGAAGAAGCUAAUAAGCGCAUCUGGGACGAAACCCACAUCAUCUGUAUUACCGUAUCAAACCCCACGUUUAAGGGAUCAUUAUUUGAUUGGAAAAAAGUUGGGUCAAGGUCAAUUUGGUACAACAUAUAUGUGUACUGAGAAAUCAACCAAUAAUCUUUAUGCUUGUAAAUCAAUACCCAAAAGAAAACUUUUGUGUAAAGAAGAUUAUGAGGAUGUUUGGAGAGAAAUUCAAAUAAUGCAUCAUUUAUCAGAGCAUCCAAAUGUGGUUAGAAUUAAAGGGACUUAUGAAGAUUCAGUUUUUGUGCAUUUGGUUAUGGAAUUAUGUGCAGGUGGAGAAUUGUUUGAUAGGAUUGUUGCAAAAGGUCAUUAUAGUGAAAGACAAGCUGUUCAAUUGAUUAAAACUAUUGUGGGUGUUGUUCAAGCUUGUCAUUCUCUUGGUGUUAUGCAUAGAGAUCUUAAGCCUGAGAAUUUCUUGUUUGAUACCCCUGCUGAGGAUGCCAAGCUUAAGGCCACUGAUUUCGGUCUUUCUGUUUUCUAUAAACCUGGACAAUAUUUUAGCGAUGUAGUUGGGAGCCCUUACUAUGUUGCGCCUGAGGUGUUGUGCAAGCGCUAUGGACCUGAAAUUGAUGUUUGGAGUGCGGGUGUCAUCCUAUACAUUUUACUAAGUGGUGUUCCGCCAUUUUGGGCUGAAACCGAGUCAGGAAUCUUUAGACAGAUCCUUCAUGGAAAGCUAGACUUUGAAUCUGAUCCAUGGCCAUGUAUUUCUGAUAGUGCAAAAGAUUUGAUCCGUAAAAUGCUUCAAAGAGACCCUAAGAAGCGAAUAACAGCUUAUGAAGCUCUCUGUCACCCAUGGAUUGUGGACGACACUAUUGCACCCGAUAAACCUUUGGACUCCGCUGUUUUAACGCGUUUGAAACAUUUCUCAGCAAUGAACAAAGUGAAAAAGAUGGCUUUACGGGUAAUAGCGGAAAGGCUUUCAGAAGAAGAAAUUGGCGGUUUGAAAGAGUUGUUCAAGAUGAUCGACACCGACAAUAGUGGAUCGAUAACCUUCGAAGAAUUGAAAGUUGGUCUCCAAAAAGUGGGGUCUGAAAUGAUGGAGUCCGACAUCAAAGCUCUUAUGAAUGCUGCCGAUAUUGACAAUAAUGGAACCAUUGACUAUGGAGAAUUCCUUGCUGCCACCCUUCACAUGAAUAAGAUGGAGCGGGAGGAGAACUUAGUAGCAGCAUUUAAGUACUUCGAUAAAGAUGGCAGUGGUUAUAUAACAAUUGAUGAGCUGCAACAGGCGUGCAAAGAAUUUGGUCUAGGUGACGGUCAUCUAGAUGAAACUAUCAAGGAAAUCGACCUGGAUAACGAUGGGCGUAUUGACUUUGCGGAGUUUGCUGCAAUGAUGAAGAAAGGCGAUUCAGGAGAUGGCGGAAGAACCAUGAGGGGAAAUUUGAAUUUCAGUUUGGCGGAUGCAUUAGGAGUAAACGAGUCAGCUCCAGAUUCUUCUAGCUGAAGGGUAGUGACAUAGCAAUGCAACCUUCAGUUCUUGUAGGUUUACAUGCAUCGGAUUUGAUUAAACCGAGUUUUGAGAUGUCGAAUAUGGGUGAUCGUCGCUUUGCCUUAGAAUAGAUGAUUGUAGUGAAGUAAUGGACACAACUGCAUUUAACAUGUAAAAGGAUGAUAUUGAAGCAAGUUAAUAUUUGAGUUGCCCAAAAUUGCAUCUUUUUUUGAACUAAGGAAGGGACAAUUACUGCUCCCUGUUCCUUAAAAAAGUUUUUAUUUGUCAUUUUAAGUGUUUCAUUUGUUAUUUUCAUAAAGAAUCUUUAUAUUUA